CUCUUUACUAAAUGCAGAUAUGCAAAGAAACCAAUUUCAAUACAUUCAAUGACAAUGAUGGAUGCUAUUACAGGAAGGUGCUAAAAGAGCCCUUUUUCAAAAUAGUAAAAUUUUGGCUUUCAAAUGUGUCAAGAAGUGGAUCUAGCAAUCUUAUUUUCUCCAACUGAUUCAAGCGUGGGCUUGCCAAUAGAUUUGUUUCUAUUUCAAAUCGUUAUAAAGAAAUAAGAUGAAUUUUUAAAGGCAUUGACACUGCCAGACAAGGUCCAGCACUACUCAUACAUCGUGAGCCAUAAGUCCAUCACCAUAAGUCAAUAUGAUUAUUUUGUAACAUUAGUGAUUUUGGGUCUGAUGCCAACUUCAAUUUCAGAAAUCAUGAUCAGGUUGAUAUUGACGAUUCUAAUGCCUUCGGUAUGCGCACAACUUUGUGAGCUCCCGUGGAAGCCGUUGAGCCCGCCCUAUGACGGAGCCGAAGUUGAUUCCUGUUUCCAAUCUUUUGAUGACAUCGAGACAUGGCACACGGCCAAGAUGAAGUGCUCUCUUUUAAACGCGCGGCUAAUGGAAAUCGUGUCACCCAAUCAGGAAAGAAGCUUAUUGCGGGCGCUUCAACAAGACGAUAAAAAUGCUCAAUACUGGAGUGGCGGUAACUCCAUUGCCACGCUUAAUAAGUGGGUUUGGGCGUCAAGUGGACAAAGAAUCUUCCCAUACGUAAAUUGGGGCACCAACAUUGAAUCUCCCAAUGGCUGCUUAGCUUUGGAUGUACUUGAAAAAUCGUGGGCUGCCCCUAACUGCGCCGAUAAGCUUGGAUAUGUGUGCGAACGAGGUAUUUCUGGGCGGACAUCAGAAGGACGUGAAAUCAUCCAUCUAAGAAACGAAGUGAUUCAAAUGCCUACAACAAUAUUUGGAAAAAGAGUUUCCAUUGUGUCCGAAGUUCAGAUACAAUUCUCUACUUCUGCUUUUGACGGGACUCUUCUGACGUACGCUAUUCCACCAAACCAUGAGAAAACUUCAUUUAACAUUAUUGUUGAAAUGGGAAUGCUAGUCUUUUUGACCAACGGAAAAAGACUAAAAUCGCUCUCAUUUGUCAACGAUGGAGAACUUCACCAGGUGGCGAUUGGAUAUAAAGAAGAAAAUUCAAUCUACUUUAAGGUUGAUAACGAAUCAAAGUCCUUUGUCACAUUUCAAGGUUACGGAAUUGUCUUAGACUUCCUAAAAAUAGGCAAUUCGGACAAUGAUCUGGGUUCAGAAACUUGUCUUUACUCAGUGGUUGUGGAUUCAAUAAGAGGGAACAUCAUAUCAGCCAUACCAGAGUCAAAUGAUGUCAUCAAUGACAGCCAAUGCUUCAGGCAAAAACCAAAUCCGAGCACAAAUGCAUCAUCAGCACAAACAUCAAGACCUUCUGAUCCUUCAACAAAGGAACAAAUUCCCACCAAGCCACCUUUCAAUACUUUUCCUACCAAACCAUCGUUCAAUUCAAAUUCUAAUAUUCCCCCCAUAACCACCAUUUUAGCAAAAAGUACCAAAAAAUCAAUGGUAACGACGAUGAGAACAACAAAAACAACAACAACAACAACAACAACAACAACAACAACAACAAAUAAUAAUAAUACUACUACUACUACUACUACCACUAGCGAUACUAGAACUACUUCCACAACUAUUGCUGCCACUACUCCUACUCCUACUCCUCCUACUACUACUACUACUUCAACUACUGUGACGAACAGAUCGACCCAAAUGUCCUGCCCUAAGAAUUUGGUCUCAUUUACGGAUAGGAGUUACCUGCAGUUACACGGAAGACUACUUGGCUCUGUCAACACACAUGAGAAUGCGGAUUUCACAAUCGAAUUGGCGAUCAAAACAAAUUCAACUGAUGCUUUAUUAUUGUUGCAAGAUGGAAGCACCAGUUCCUUUGAAAUUCAGAUAAAAAACGGUUUCAUUGAAGCAAAGGUGAAGAAACACUCAGUUGAAAGGCAAUUGAGGCUACGAAUGAAUUAUGGCGUGGAUGAAAAAAUUACACUGCUGACAGAGAACCAAACACUUAUCUUGAGAACUGAUUCAAAUAGAACAGAUAUUGAUUGGGUGUCUGGACGUUUCGAUCUUGACACCAAGAAUUCAUUGUUUAUAGGUGGAAGUGACAACCCCAAAUAUCCUUCCAUGAAAGGAUGCCUGACGCAGUUGUCUGUGUCCAUCACCGAAGCUCAAGUUAUGUAUGGUGGAAAAAUUGACUUCACCCAACCCGGCUUGGGUUUAAAAAUGUUUGGAACGUCAUGCCCUGAACAAUGCUAGACAAUAUACACAAUGUUCAAAUAGCCUUUCAGGCCAGCGAUAUACAUAUUCUGUUGCAUUCUUCAAUUGAAUAAAAACUGACUUUGGGUAUGUUUCAA